CUACAACAGGCGUUUCCCUCCCACCGCAGAUGCGUCCUCGCCUUCCUUUCACAACGCCGAAGUGGAAGCCGAAGUCCACCUUCAAACCCCCAGAGACAACCCCGCCCCUCCACCUCCUCCUCCUCCCCUCCUCCGCCUCUGUGCAGCACGAAACCGCGAACCCUUCGGGACCCCCGCCCCCGCCUGUCUACGCCGGCACGCCCAUCAGCAUCGUCAUUCUGGUCGGCAUUGCCAUUCUGUUCAUCAACUGCUGUGCGAUGGGUGCCGUGUACUAUCAGAGGGACAAAAUCAAGUUCCAGUCCAAGUUCCUGCGGAGGUUCCGAAGAGGCAAUACAGAGGCGGACGAGGAGGAGUGCGCGUCGGAGGCGCCCUCGCUCAGCGCCUCCGCCAAGGGGGAGAGGAAGCGUAAGAAGAGCCGCAGCGACUACGAAGUAAGUGACUCUGUCCACUCGGACUCCGUCUCACGAGCGUCGGCCGUGUCCAGGGAGUCCGGCAGCAAGAAGAGGCAGCACUCGCAGUCCUCUCGGGAUGUUUCGCCUCCUUCCGCUAACAAGCAUCAUGAAGCAGCCAAAAGCUCCCACAAGAAUAACCCCAGCAAGGCUUCCAAGAGCGGUCACCGGCGACACAAGAGUGAAGUAUCAAUCUACAGUGAAAUUGGACGCACAGCGGACGUCCACGUACACGCUGACGCGUCAGGUUCUCGGUCCGUGUCGAGGUCCAGCAGCAAGAGGAGCCCCACAGUGAAGUUUGACACCGUGGGCUCAGGCCUCCCGCCGAAGAGCGUCACUAAGAGCACGACGUCCAUCUCCUCGAAGGCUUCGAUUACUUCCCAUGCCUCAGCAAAGAGCACGAGCUCCCGCGCGUCUGUAAAAAGUAACACUUCUGAAAAGCGCUUGAAGAAGAACGCGAGUUGCCAGAGCCUUCCGACAGCGGAAUACAGCUGGGGCAUCACUAAGGAAAUGACAAUGACGGAAAGGGACGAUCCAGAGGGACACGACGACCAGAGGACACCAGCAGACCGACAUCAUACAGUAGCCGCUAUGCAGAAGCUUAAUUACCCAAAGGUCUUACCCGACCAUCCCGACGGUAUGCACGCCGCCACGCUUCCCAAAAUGAGGCCUCCGCCUCCGCCGCGAUCUACGUCUCUAACAGCUAAAGACAUUCAGGAAUUAGAAGAGAAAAUCCAUGUUGUGUACCGCACAAAAAAGAGGACUCCGAGGCGAGACGCAUCUACCGACUCAUGUGAUCUUAGUGGCCUAGACGUUUAUGGGGUGGGCGGGGACAAGCAUGCCUCCUCCUCCUUGUUUGGGGCAUCAGCGCCAGUUGCGACCGUCAGCAGAUCUCGCUCCAGAAAGAGUGAUGGCACUGGUGAUUAUGCUCAUAGUUCGGACUAUCUUCAGCAAGGAAAACCUUCAAAUUAUGGCCGCCAAGGAGCGCCUGUGGACUAUGACAAAGCUGGUGGCAAAACAGCAGAGUAUGCUCGUAAGGGAGCUACUGAUCCCUAUAGCAGGUACGACACUUAUGAGCCUACUUAUAUCUACAAAGAUAGCAGAGUCGCUUCUGCACCAAAAAAUCCUGCAACUUCAGAGAUUAGCAAUUCCAAUAAAACUUAUGAGACGUAUGGCGAAGCAAGACCUGCUCGUGUUCCCCUCGCUACAUUUGGCAAAAUGGGUAACCAUUCACCAGGAGACGGGGCUUCCUACACUGAGCAGACGAGGCUACGUCAAAACUAUGACCCAAGUAAGACAAUGCCAAAUGCGACAGCUAUUGUAACAGCUGCAGCACAGACAGCAUUAGCCACCGCCACUGCGCCUGCAUUUGUUGGAGCUUCUAACCCAGGGCGUUCCUCCUCUAGAAAUAUUGCCCCUGUGCCAGCUGCCACUCACACCUGUGCACUCCGCCAGCAGUCCUCAGUUACAUCAGGAUCAGACACCAGUACUGUGUACGAGCAGAGUGAGAAUACUGGUACAAUAAAACGCAAGAAAUCUAUAAAGAAAGAAAGCUCCACGAACACUUCUAUUUCUAUUUCGAGCCCGUCUACGACCCCAGCCGAAAAGCCACUAAAGGGUGUGCUUAAGCAAACGUCUGCUUAUGACAAACCAAAGCCCUUGAUGGCGAAAGCGCCGGGGGCAUCUCCAAGUGCUUCAGCCUCGAGCAUCAGCAGCACGGAAGUCGGGAGCGAGCCGAGUGGGAGCAACGCGGUAAAGCACGACGUCGCUGCUAAAUCUUCCUCGAUGAAGAGAGUCAACAGAGUAGCUACGCCGGGCGCCACGAGACGUAAAGGCAGAAGUGAUAACCAGACCUCGACUGAUGUGCAAACUGAACCUGCCAAGUGAACUUUGAACUAUGAUAUGUUAGGGUUCCACAGUAUGUUUUUCAUAAUCAUGUGAGUGAAAAUACUCACUCAAGAUUUACAUUUUUCUCAUAAAUGCCGUGACUUAAUAUUGAUGUUCAGAUCAAUAUUAAUAGUUCUAUUUUUCUAGAACUUUGUUGUUGUGCAAGAGUCCGACACGUCAUGCCUUAACACUUCUGUGCUGAAAGGGCAUCUAUGCAGGACUCUCAGGUUCGUCGGAAGAUGUCUCGUGUCCUCAAGAAGGAUCCAUAGUGGUGGAUGCAGUGUGUUCAUCGAGGGAUUGGGGAAACCCCUUAACAUAACUUUACAAUCCUCGAACCAAUGCAGUUCUAUAUUUUAAUGCUCCAACAUUGAGCCAGAUAGUCUAGUUUGGUCGAGCAACACGUCUCAGCAUUUAAGAAAUUGACUGCUGAUAUAUAUACAUAUAUAUAUAUAUAUAUAUAUAUAUAUAUAUAUAUAUAUAUAUAUCUGGCUGUAGAUAUGAAACUAAACCAAGGCAUUUCUAUCGCUUUACUCUCGAUAGAUUACUUUUAUAGUGAAGAAACAGUCUUCCAGAAAUUUCUCGAGCCAGAUUUUGUUCACCCGAUCUCCCGUUAUCAUCUUGUUCAACUAUGUUCUGGAUGUUCUGAACUCCAGCAUCAAUCUCCAGGACCGGCGGCUCCGCUUGUUUUUGUUGGAGGGCACAAAGGGCCUUGUGCAGUGCCUUUUCUUUCGUCACUUUAUGGCAGGGAAGGUGUAUUUUUCUAGAUUUCGUUCUACAAAUGUUCCCGAGCACAGAUUUUUUGUAUAUUUUUGACAAUCUACGAAACAUUCAAUGAUUCUCGUUUUCUAUGAGCCAAUGCAAUUUUCCAUAAAGCAUUUUUAGUUUACCCAAAGUGUUCACUUGUAAUGUGAUGUCAUGUUAAUGUCUAUAUCUUAGCAAAAAAAAAAAUCAUUUUAGAUUCCUCGUCAAAUAAAAACACCAAAUCCUUUCAUCAAUCAUUUGGUAGAUUCUCAGUCCUCUCAUUUCCUGAGGGUCAUUAUGCAUACAACAUUAAUUUUUUACUAUAUUCUCAACGAUAGGAAGAUAGGAUUUUUUUUCCUUCUUCCUUUUUCGAAACACGGUUAAAGGAUUUUUCCAUUACUGCCAAAGUUAUUUUGUUUUUGCCUCAUGACAUUUGGUAUUAUAUACCAAUAUUCUGAAGCGAACAUUAUAUUUGAAGAGUUAGAAUUAAAUGUAAAAAUAGCAAUGCUGUAAAUUUCAUGGCAAAGGAAAAAAAAAGUAUUUUCUGUGACAGUUCUUUACAUUAAUCAGAUUAUGGUUUCAAAUUUCUGAUGCUCGAAUAUUUUAUAAUGUUAAAUGAUAUAAAGAUUAUUCAUAAUGUAUUAUGACAUGGAGGUACUUAUAGUAAUUACCUUUUCUCCACUGUAGUUAAUAUCAACAUGUUUCCGUUAAACUUUCCAUUUUAUUUUCAAAUAUAAUUUCAGUUGAAUAUCAUCGUGUAUAAUGAAUCAUUAUACAUACCGUGUCCUUUCAUUUGUGUCAACAGAGGUUUCCUCCAUCAGUUCAAAUAAGAUUGCAAGACAAGCAAAUGACAGAUGUCUAUGAAAAGUUCGAAGAUGUGGAUUUUCUUUCCUUUUCCCAUCUUUCUUUCUGAAGAAGAGAAUGUGAAUUGAGGGAGAGAGACUUUCUCCUUGGAAAAUGUAUCAAUUAAAUCCUCAAUCGGAUUACUGUUUUGAGAAGAAAACCUUUUUUAUGGUGAAUAUUUUGUAUAUACAAAUCAGGAAUACUUGAUGAGUUACAAGUAAGUGAUGGAUAUUUGUAGAAGAGACGCUGUGAAGAAGUGUAGGUUAUCUUUAUCAUAGUGAUUAUAAAAUUUCUUUGUAAUUUGUAAUGUUGCAGUCCUCCAAAUUUCCAGUCAAUAAAAUUUGUCUCGAAAAGGAA